UAAAUACCGGAACUCCCCCGGUAUAGAAAUGAAGAUAAUUCAAGUCCAACACACAGAAUUUCGAUACCGCCACACGUCAUGGUGCUGUGGUGGCACCCUGAUUACCGCCGCUUAAUCCAGUAUAAAUUAACUAAGAAUUUUCACUUCGUUUUCUAUCCUUCGGAUAAUCUCUAGAACUCGCCGCCUCUCUUUCGCGAUGGCACUUCUCACUCACGUGACCAGGAAAACCCUAACCGAAUCCGUCCGCCUUGGAUUGAUGUCGCACGUCCGUGGACUUCAGACCUUCACGUUGCCCGAUCUUCCCUAUGAUUAUGGCGCUUUGGAGCCAGCGAUUAGCGGUGAGAUUAUGCAGUUGCAUCACCAGAAGCACCACCAGACUUACAUUACUAAUUACAACAAGGCACUUGAGCAGCUCGACCAAGCCAUGAACAAAGGCGACGCUUCUACUAUUGUCAAGUUGCAAAGUGCCAUCAAGUUCAACGGCGGAGGUCAUGUCAACCACUCAAUUUUCUGGAAGAAUCUGACUCCUAUUAAUGAAGGAGGCGGGGAGCCACCAAAGGGUUCCCUUGGUUGGGCAAUUGACACAAAUUAUGGCUCUUUGGAGGCGUUGAUACAAAAGAUGACUGCUGAGGGUGCAGCUUUACAGGGCUCUGGAUGGGUGUGGCUUGGUGUGGACAAGGAGUCAAAGAAGCUUGUGGUUGAAACCACUGCAAAUCAGGAUCCACUGGUAACUAAAGGCCCAAGUUUGGUUCCUUUGCUUGGCAUAGAUGUUUGGGAGCAUGCAUACUAUUUACAGUACAAGAAUGUGAGACCGGAUUAUUUGAAAAACAUUUGGGAAGUGAUCAACUGGAAGUAUGCCAAUGAUGUGUAUGAGAAAGAAUGCCCUUGAGCAACGGGCAGUUUAUUUAAGAUUGGUUUGAGCUGUCGACUUCAAAAUAAAUAAAAUAUUGCGACAGAUAUAGAGGCCCCCUUGCAUCUCUGCACCGAGUGUUAGUUGUGUAUCCAUGUAUGAGAACCAUACAAUGUUGAACAUUAUGCUUUGUUUUGUAACUUUCUGUUAACGACACCUUUGAUCAUAUUUUACCCUUAACACCAUGAGGUUAUGCUUUGAAUUUA